AUGUCUUACGCUGAUAAGGGAGCACCAAUUCAGAUGCUUUCUGCUAAGAAGUAUUUUGAAAAUUUGACUCCAAAGGAACAGCACUACGCGCAUUUCAUGUCCAAAGCUUCCCAUGCCGGUACCCGUAUUACUGUCAGACAAGUUUCUCCAAAUUCCGAAAAGGUAUUCGACACUAUCUUGAAUAUUCACAAAGGGUUGAAAGAAUAUCCAAAAGAUGAGGAAACUACCCAAUAUUUGGAGUAUGCAUCUCAGUUCUUGUCAAAUCUCGGUGAAUUUAAAUCUUUUGGUGACGUUAAAUUUAUUCCUCGUUGCCCUGAAUCCACUUUCAUCAAGUUAGGUGAAUUGGCUAAAGUUAAGGUUGACCCUUCGUUGUUGAAAGAGAUAUACCAUACUGGUGACGCAUCAACGCUAUUGGGAUUCACAUCCGAAGGACAUACUUCUGGUUAUUACAAGGGUGAACCAAUUUCUCCAAAUGAUUUGAAGUUGCUGAAGGAGGUUUUUGCUGAUUUUGAUGUCAUGCCAGAGAAUAUAUCCAUUGAGAAAGUAUCUCACAGACUGUUUGUGGUACACGUUGCCAGUGUGGAAGAAGAGUAUGCAAAGGGUUAUCCAGACAGGAUUGAGGAAGAUGGCAUUGAAGUUUUGUUUGAAUUUGGUGAACAUAAGCGUGAAAUGAAAAAGAUCGCCACACACUUGGAACAAGCAAAGUUUUACGCUGCAAACGAACAUCAGGAAAAAAUGUUAGAAUACUACAUCAAGUAUUUCAAGACUGGUGAUUCGAAGUUACAUAAGGAGUCCCAAAAGGUCUGGGUUAAGGACCUAUCACCACAAGUGGAAACCAACAUUGGUUUCAUCGAAACUUACAGAGAACCUUCUGGUAUCAUCGGUGAAUAUGAAUCUUUAGUUGCCAUUCAGAAUAAAGAACGUACGGCCAAAUUUACCGAAUUGGUAAACAAGGCGCCUGGGUACAUUAAAAUGUUGCCUUGGGAUCCAGCUUUCGAAAAGCCAACUUUUCAACCACCAGAUUUCACAUCUAUUGAGGUUUUGACUUUCACCGGCAGUGGGAUCCCAGCUGGUAUCAAUAUUCCUAACUAUGAUGAUGUUAGAUUGAACGUUGGGUUCAAAAAUGUUUCCCUCGGCAAUGUCCUAAAUUCAAAAACGAGCGAUGAUAAAUGGACAUUUGUUCAAGGCGACGAUGUUAAAGCCAUGAGUAAAUAUCAAUCCGAUUCCUUUGAAGUUCAAGUCGGUAUCCAUGAAUUGCUAGGUCAUGGUUCCGGGAAGCUACUAUGCGAACUACAAGAUAAUACAUUCAACUUCGAUAAAUCUUCUCCGCCGCUUGGUCUAGACGGCAAACCAGUCACGACAUAUUACAGAAAGGGUGAAACUUGGGGAUCUAAAUUUGGUGCUGUCGCUGGUGCCUACGAAGAAUGUCGUGCAGAGUCCAUAGCCAUGUAUUUGAUCACUAACAGACAGCUAUUGGAAGUCUUUGGCUUCAAGUCCAAGGAAGACCAGGACAUGAUUAUUUACACUGGGUUCUUGCAAAUGUGCCGUGCAGGUUUAUUGGCUUUGGAAUAUUGGGAUCCAAAAUCUAAGAAAUGGGGCCAACCUCAUAUGCAAGCUAGAUUUUCUAUUAUGAAGACUCUCUUGAGGUACUCUGAAGACAAGAACUUCUUAAAAUUGGCCUAUACCAAGGACGACUACUCAGAUUUGCAUAUCGAGCUUGAUAAGUCCUUAAUUGAGACAGUGGGGCAUGCCGCCAUCGAAGACUACUUGACCCACUUACACAUUUACAAGGCUACAGGUGAUGUAGAAAAUGGUGUCGCAUAUUUCCAGGAUAGGUCUGAUGUUGACGAAGAGCUCGCAAAGUUCCGUGAUAUUGUCCUUGCUAAGAAGCUACCAAGAAAGCAAUUCAUCCAAGCUAACACUAUCUUGUCAGGUGACGAAAUUACUGUCAAGGAAUACGAUGAAUCACCAAUAGGCAUGAUCCAAUCAUUCAUUGAACGUGACUUGUAA